AUGACAAUACGAGUAGCCAUUAUUGGCGCUGGGCCCGGUGGCCUGGUGACUCUCAAGACCUUGCUAGAGGCGUCCACGCCCGACCAGCAGAUCGAGGCGUAUCUCUUUGAAGCUGAGUCCGAUGUCGGUGGCACAUUCAACUAUCGCUCUUACGAGAACGCCGAAUUGGUGAGCAGUAAGCAGCUGACCACGUUCUCCGAUCACCGCUUGCCGCUGGAGACUCCCGACCAUGUGUCACUACCCGAGUACGUCGACUAUCUCCGAUCAUAUGUUGAGCGAUUCAAGCUGGGUCCAUAUAUCAAGUUCAAUAGUCCCGUGCUUCGCGUAUCCCCGCUCCAGGAUGGUUCCCAAUGGGCCCAUCGACUGAGCUAUGUGGACCGGAAUGACCCGGACCAAACAAAGGAGAAUACUUUUGACUGCUCCCAUAUUGCCGUCUGCACUGGACUUCAUGUUGAGCCGAAUAUUCCGGAUAUUCCAGGCAUUGAGAAUGUCCAGGGCGAGGUGUUCCAUUCAUCCCUUUAUAAGGGGCGCCAGCAGGUAGCUGGCAAGAAAGUCCUUAUUUUGGGAUGUGGUGAAACAGCCAUGGACAUCGCCUACGAGUCCAUCAAAGCCGACGCGGAGUCUGUAACUAUGUGCUUCCGUACCGGUUUCCUCUCCUUCCCCAAGCAGCUCAGCAGAUUCCAGGUAUUUGGAAAGACUUUCAGCGGAGGUCUUCCAAUCGAUGGUCUCAUCACCAACCUGUUCGAAACGGCAUACGUCCACCGGGCGGUCGCCCAAAGCAGACUACGCUGGUUCAUUUCGGAUUUCGUGAUCAAGCGAGUUCUAUGGUUCUUGACUGGAACCCAGGCUGGUAUGAACCAGCAUGUUGGUGCUCUUCCUAAAGAGCGACUGGGCAGAGCCUUUGUUUUCUUAAACAAGAGCAAUAAAGCCAUGCCGUACCUCAAUCGUCCCUACAAGACACACAAUCCAUUUUUAGCAUAUAUCGGUAAUCGGUACAUUGAUCCUCCAGAGGAUGCUAACUCUGACCGAUACGUUGAUACUUGCACCUGGCCGACAUCUAUCGAUGCUACUGGACGGGUCCAUUUCCAAGUGAAACACGAUCGGAAGGAUUGGCAGCGGCUGAAGGACAAAAACAUCCAGCCAAACUGUGUGGUUUACUGCUCAGGGUACAAACAAACGUUCCCUUAUCUUGACGCAUCAUAUCCCACGGCAUCAGACGCCCAAAUCAGAAACAUUGUCAACCCAUCAAACCCAGACAUCGCUUUCAUUGGUUUCGUGCGCCCAGGCGUGGGCGCCAUCCCUCCCAUAGCUGAACAGCAAGCCAUGUGGUGGACAGCGCUUAUCACCGGGCGCAUGCAAAUGCCCAUGGAUCCUCCCCACUAUCACCUCCUUGCCGCCAAGGGAUCUCGUAUCCAGUAUGGCGUCGACCACAGCGCGUACAUGAGCACGUUGGCCAAAGAUUUUGGAGGAGCACCAGGUCUGCUUGAAUUGUAUCGAAGACACGGUCUGCAGAUUCUGCUUAUUUAUUGCUUUGGUGCAUCUUUCGUCACAUUUUACAGACUGACAGGACCAUUUGAGUCAUCCGUUGCGCCAGAGAUUGCUCGAACGGAGCUGGCGGAGACCAUCCUCCGACGUGGUUACACUGGAAAUCUUUUCUUUGGUCUGAUACCCAUGCUUUUCUAUGGGGUUGUCAAUUCUGUGGCCUUACUACUCGAUAUGGUUGGACUCCUUCCUCUAGAAACAGAGAUGGGGUGUGGUGAAUCUUGUAAGGGAAAAGCCAAGCUAAGCAUAUAA